GUCGGCAGUGGUGCAUGUCGGACUUUGAACCCUAAGUACUUAGAAACAAAGCAUAUAAGUGAAAUUUGUGGGACAAACAUAGCAAAUAUUUAGUUUAAAUAAAAUGUUGUCUUUUUAUAUAAUUUUUAUUUAUGAUAACCUGAAAAUAUAUAGUCUUUUUGAAAAACAGUUACCAUAAAAAUCUAGUAUCUAGUAUUUUUAGUAUUUUGGUUAUAUAGUAUAUGUUUAUUUUAUUUUCUAAAAAAUAACCAGUCAAUCAUUAUCUGACGUCAUGAAAAAUUUUUAGUAACACUUCAAAGUCAAUAGAAUCACAAUAUUUUAAAUGCUUAACAAUGGGAUGUUCAGCAAGUACAAGAAGGAAUGCAGUAGCUAAAGAUCAACCUGUCUCUCAUAACAGAGGAAUAAUUGCUCCACAAGAACAAAAACUGAUGGAAACAGAGCAAAGAGAAGCUUCAGGAAAAUAUGAAAAGCUGUCAAAGAAACACAGCAAUGAAUGCAAGAUUAAAAAGCAAAUGGAGGAAAAACAGAUCAAAAAUAAAUCGAAACACAAAACUACUCCAGUAAAAGUAAGAAGAGGGUCAUUGUCUUCGAUUUCAUCUUCUUCCUCUGAAGAAGAUGAUUAUUCUCCAAGUGUAGAUAUGAAGAAAAUAGAAGCACAAAAUUCUCAUGCUGUUGUAACGAUUCCAAUUGCAAGCAACGUUUUGACACAAGAUGAGUGUCUUGACACAGUUUACCCACAUCAAGAAACUCUUGAGGAAAUAACCAAAUCACACGAAGAACCUACUGAAAUACGCGAAGAAACUAUCGAAACACAUAAAGAAGCUAACGAAACACGCGAAGAUACUAUCGAAACGCAUGAAGAAGCUAACGAAACACGCGAAGAAACUAUCGAAACGCACGAAGAACCUACUGAAACACGCAAAGAAACUAUCGAAACACAUGAAAAUGCUAAUCAAGUAACAUCAACCUCGACAGAAUUAUCUACAGUAACCGAAUGUCAAGAGCCCCCAGAGAAAGCAAUUACUAUACAAGAUAUUAAAGAAGUAGUUGCGUUGGAUGAAGUGGAAAUAAACAAUGGCGAUGUUUUGGUUGCAGAGACUGGGGAGGAGACGAAAUUUUAUGACGAAUUAGCUAGCAACCAGAAGGAAGAAUGCAUUCAGGAAGUAAACGAUAAAGAUAUCGAAAGCAUCGAUCCGACGGAUGCAAUUGUAGAAGGAGAAGCAAGAGAACAAGCCGUUAAAAAUGAUCAGGACAAGCAAGAAGGUGGAGAAGCUACCAGCCGAGAACAGCAUGUUGCAUCUGCGAAUGUAGACACAAGUUCAGUUGGUGAAAACGAUCAAAUUGUUGGAGAGAAAAAUGAUGAAGUGGUUAUUUCUGAAAGUUUCUCUAAUGUCGUGGGUGACCCCAUUGAAAAAGUGAGUGAAAUGAAUGCUCCUGUUGACGCAUCUGAUGGUAACGUUAAUAAAGAGCUAUCUUCUGCUGUGGACCGCAUUGAAAAAGUGAGUGAAAUGAAUGCUCCUGUUGACGCAUCUGAUGGUAACGUUAAUAAAGAGCUAUCUUAUGCUGUGAGUGCGCACCAAGAAGACGAAACUGCCGAAGAAUGCACACGAGAAAGAAACGAAGAUGACACGAACGAUGCUAUGAAAGUAAAUAAAGACGAGACGAAUGGUUCGAAUAAAAACAUAUCCGCAUCAUUAGAAGAAGGUCUGGAAAUAAAUACACGACCAACAUCAAAUUUAGAAGUUGCUGAAGAUGGUGAAGUAGAAGAAGAAGCGUAAAGUUAUACAUUUAUUUACAAAAAUCUCCGCGUAUUCUUAUUUUAGACAACAUGAUUGUCUGAAAGUGGAAGCAAUCAAAAUUUGUAUGCAAAAAACUUGAUUGUCGUUUAUUUGAAGACUGAUUUUACCGAAAGACUUUAAAGACCAAGGGACCAAGUUACUUUAUGUUUUUUGUCUGUUAUAGUCUCAUAUUCACUUUUACUGAAUAACUGAUGUAAUUUUAAACAUCGGUACAUUUUUCUGUUAAUCUAGAUAUGGCGUCUGGUAUAGUAUUUGCUGUAAAGUUACCUAAGAACUAUCUAUCAUAUAAUAUCUAACCUACAAAGAAAUAGGUUAUUUUUUAUUCUAGGGAUCAAAUAUUUUCGCUGACUUUAUGUUACGACGUUUUUUUAUAUAUAAUACAACGUGUAAUUUUAAUUGAUAUUAUACAAAUACAUAUAUUUUAUACUAAAUAUAUAUAUAUAUAUAUAUAGAGAGAGAGAGAUGAUUACUGCUUAUAAAAAUAAUAUUUAUUUUAAUAUGUAAUAUAAAAUGCAUAAUUUUUUAAAUACAUAAUUUUUCUAUGAUCUAUUUCAAUGUGCAUGUGCAAUGUGCAGAAAUGUAAGAGACAGAUAUUUAAAUUAAAAGAAAAACUGCAAUUUUAUUAAUGGAAAAUAUGUUGCUUUUCAGAGCAACAUAGUUUAUCUGUUGGUGUAAACCGGGUUCCGUACGACGACUCGCAAGCCGUAAAGGCCAAGAUCACAUUAACAGAUAAGCGUUUAAAUUUGUAAAGAAUUAUAAAAUUCUAAAUAUUUGUAUUUUUGGUCACAAAUUUAAUUAUAAUAUAUAUAGUAUAAUUUUAUUUAAUAAAUAUGUAAUUAGGCGAAUCGGUUUAAUGGAUGUACAUAAUGGAAAUUUGUGAAUAUUGAAAAUAUAAUUCGUUUGAAUAUGAGUAAA